CCAGAGGUUUAUCUCCAUUUCUUUGGUACAGUUGUAAAAUAUUCACAAUAGGAGCUUUGAGUUCUUCAAACAGCCUUGAUAUUCAGGGUGGAUUGUAAAAUAUAAAUUUUGUGAAAUUUCAAAGAUUAAGAUUAUUUUGAUAACGUUAUUUACAAAUUUAAAAAAGUGGCUAUCACAUAUGAAUAUCUGUAAGAGGAAAACUACUGCAUUAAAAUAACUUGGAAUAAAUAUUUUGCAUCAGUUUGCCAGAAUUGUUGAUGUUGUAAUUUUUGAACUAUUUGUUAUAUUUUAUGAAUGGGAUGUUUAUAAUCAAAACAUUUACUACAAGGGACAGCAAUCUAUAGUUUAAACCUAAGCUGAUAGUCAGCCAACUAUGCAUAAAUAUAAAUGUUCCAAGAUCAUUAACAGUGGCCUGUUGUUCAAAACUGCUGUCUGCAGCUUGGAAACAGAACUUGCAUCAGGAAUACUUGGCUUACAUUUUCAGCUUCAGUCAUAGUGUGAACUGGGAGCUGGCAACAGUCCACUGUCUCUUUCACAAAGUCAUUGAGGCAGAACUUGAUAUGGGGUUCUGUGUUUUAUACAUGAAAGAGCUGAAUAAAUUCAACAACUUAAAAUCUAGUAGAUAAUCUUUGAAAAUAAUUUGAUACCUGGCAGUCCCUCUUUAAAGGCAUCUUUUUUAGAGAGCUUGAAGGUAGAUUUGAUUCUUGGAUCAACCAAUGGGGGGUAGUGAACAGUGCAGCAAUUGCUGAAGUCUUUUGAAUACCUUAUUUUCUGUGUUCUGUAAAUACUAAAUCAAAAUACUGUGUUCUAAUUCUAAAUUUAAGUGCAAUAGGCAAUAUGUGAUUUUCUUUAACAAAUGCAGCAAAAAUGACAUUAAUGUGCUGAAACAUUGUUGCACACAAUUCAGUAAGAUGACAGUGCCCCUUUAAAAAGUCAUUUUAAUUUUUCAAAGAUUAACUUGUCAUAUCAGAGUGCCCUGCCCUCCUGCAGUUUCCUAGCAACAAUCAAAGCGAUCAUUCAAACCAAACAACUGACUGCCUCAAAAAAUGCAAAACAACUGAAUAGGAUAUACAUUUUACAAAAUGUAAAAUACACAACGUUUUGAUCACUUCAAUAACAGGUUUGUUAUAAAAAAAAGUUAGAAUUGACAUGCUUCUGAAGAAAAAUGAUUGUAAUGUAUUUUGUGUAUGAGGUUUUUGCAAUGUAAUGGUUGUUAAGGAUUUUGAAUGUUGACGUUGUCAAGUUGACAUCUGAAGACAAUUUAAAGUAACACCUUGUUAGAGUUAAUUGUAGAAACUGUAAGUGACAUGUUUGUUUUUGUUACUAAAUAUGUUGAUGCUACUUUAUGUAUUUUGGUUUAUUCAUUGGUUGUGGGAAAGAAACCAGAUAUAUUGGAAAUUUAAAUCUUUAAAUGCUGCGAGAAGUAGAAUGUCUCCAGAUCAAAAAAAUUUGUUAAAAAGUAACUUUCUGUUUAAAAGAGAAACAUGAAUCGAUGCUUAUGGUAAUAUGUCCUGUUAAUUGUUGUGAAAAUUUGAUAACUUACCUGUAAAUGUACGGGUAUUUGAGUUUGAAUUAUACCAAGUUUCUGUUUCAACUGAAGGACUUCGCCGGCUUCAGUAUGGAUGUUGGGAAUUUCCAUUGUGACAAUUGUAAUAUGAACUUCAGAUCUUUAGCACUAUUAGAAAAACACAAAGACAAGUUCUGUAUUGGCAGUUAUGCUGAAGAUUCUUACUUAUUAACUGCAAAGUCAAGAGACUGUCAGCCUAAAACUCCUGGACAUGGAAUUAACAGAUUGAGGAUAAAUGAUCCAAAAGAAACAAAAACUCCAUAUAAUAUGGACAAUGAAACUAAGAAGGGAAGAUUCCAACAGCAACAAGAGGAAGUGAAUCACCUUGAUAUUAAUCCACUGAAUGAAAGAGAAAGGAAACUCCUGCAGGAACAGCAACCUGAAAUUGGUUUGUCUGAUGGUCAUACCUUUAGAAGAUUAACUGAGGAGUUUCACAAGCUGAGGAUGUCAAUUGAGGAAAACCUGCCCACAUACAGGUCCUGGCAAGGAGAGCAUGAGGUGAGCCCUCGGGUCCAGAGGGAAUGGGAACAUCAGGAACGGAUGCGAGAAAUUGCAGAGAUGCAUGGUCGACAACUUGCAGAUAUUCAAGCUCGAAACAAGGAUUUGGAGCAGCAAAGAGAUGAAAUUCGUCAGCGGCUGGAAGAGCUUUCGUCCAAAGAGCAUUUCACCACCCAUAUUGAACAAAUGUUGCUGGAGCUUAAGGCACAGGAGGAGAAGAAUCUACGUGCUUUAGAUGCACUUCGAGAGCAAAUUGAGCUGCUGCAGAUGGAAUCUGUUAUCAAACAGGAUUCAGUCAAUGUCGUAGACCAUUCUCCUGCACAGAAAAAGGAGGACAAGAUGCCACUUAAUUUUGUAACGUUUGCCAGUGGUGAUAGCCUAUCAACUGAAAUAGGUGCUCUGAAAAUGGUUUACCUUCAGUGUGGUGGCAAUGAUCCUGCUAUUCUUGCCCAGAUGCAUGGUCUUCAGGCAGAGGCUCAACUUCUAGAAAAGUCUACACGGCCACCAAAGGAGAAAAAGAAAAAACAUGAGUCACCUCACAGAUCAUUAGACGCUGAGCUUUUAGCUGUGGAACUUGAGAACCAGCGUCUAGAAGAAGAAAUUUUAAAACUAAAGCUUCAGCGAGAGAGGAGGAUCCCUGAUGAUGAAUUGGAAAAGGAAAUGCAGGAAAUGCACCGGGAACACACAAAGAAAAUCAAUGACCUGCAAGAAGAAAUUGAGAUGCUGAAAAGUGAAGCCAAUAAAUUGCGAACGCGAAAAGGGUUAAGGUCUCAACAUCUGCACCCACCUCCACCUCCGCCCCCACCCCCAAUCCCUCCCACUCAUUCAACUCUGAACCAACAUACUCAGGGGUCUCACAUGAGCCAUGCCAGACCUCAAACACCAAUGAUUGCCAAACAUUUACUUGAUCCUCCAGAUGUUUUAGGACCUGCACCUUAUGACCCAGCAGCAGGGUUUGUUGUCUUUUAUGAUUUUCUUCUUGGCCUUGGCCCAACCUAUCGCCUCAUCCGUCUGGUUACUGGUUUGUACAAUAAUGGUCAUGAGAUGGGGAAGCCAUCUGCCUUACCUGCAGUGUACUGUGAAGUGGGAGUUGGACCUCACUACUUGUCUGAAGGACUCAAAGGCAACUUUGGAAUAUUAUCUGCAAAGCAGCCAGUACCAAGAGUCCGUCCUUCCCCAGGAGUCUCAUUAGUAAUUGAACUCCAAGCUGCAGGGGGCUUUGAUCCAUAUGGCCAGGAAAUCCAGCGCCUGGUUUCUAGAGGCUGGGCGAAGAUUGAUAUAUUUGAUGAUCACAAUCAGGUCAUCAGUGGACGCUGGAAGGUUCCAAUACGCUGUCUACCAGUAAGACCAUCGCUCACAACUGGCCAGCUCAAUGGAAUUCCUCAGGUUGGCAGUGCUGAAGUUUACCUACGAGUGUUAAAUGCUAGAGAUGCUGAUGUGCAUUCAAUGGCCACAGUUGAUCCUCACAAGUCUUCCAUGUAUCAGUAUCCACCAUUGAUAUCAAGUCGCAGUGCCCCUCUUGCUGAAUCCCAGCCUCCCCCUCAACACCUGUCUUAUCAUCAUCCUGCGGUUCAAUACCUCUCUCAUCCUCCUCAUGUUGACCUGCCUCCUACUGAGGGCUACAAUGACCACCACAAAGUUAAUCAAAGGUGAGAGAGGGAAAGGUUAAGAGCGAUCCUUUCUUUGACUACUCCCUACAGAGAUGUCACAAUCUGAACAUAUGACAGUGUUAAAGCCUAAAAAUGAUUAACUUCAAGGAAGAUCAAAAUGACUUAUUGAAAGUGACAAUUUUUAUGAAAAUUGCAAACAAUCUAUUGAAACCCAAAUAUACACUGUGAAAUGUAAUACCGUUUUGUGAAAAAUUGUGACACUAAAUUUAAUACACUAUGAUACAGAUAGUUUCUCAGAAGAUACUAUACCU